UGCACAUAUUGUUCAUUGAUCUCAUCAUAGCACGUCAUUUAACUGGUAUUACAUUGCAUGUAGUUGCAUAGUGGUCGUCUUGUCAUCUCUAUUUCCAAUACAUUGACCAUGGAUCCAUCCCAAUUUGAUGCACUCACUAGACAAUUAGCGCAACUUGCCACUAGCCUAUCGACUGUCCAAUCAGAUAUAACUGCUACUCGUGAGGAGAGAAAGAACCUAGCUGCUAAGUUGAGCAAUUUUAAGCGAAUCCCUCGUUUAAUUGACACUAAUUCUGAAGCGUCUCAUAAUAGACAAUAUCAUCGUGGACAAAGUGAUCAAAAAUAUUUUCAACGUGAUCGUAGGAAUAGGGAUCAGAUUCGUAAGCGAGAACGAGAUAAUUUUGAAAUUCUUACUCAAUGGAAUGCCCUUAAACAAGGAAAUCAAUUAGUGACUGAGUAUAUCAUGCAAUUUGAGAAAUUUCGAACCAAAUGUCAUUUAAUUGAGGAUGAAAACAUGACUUUGAGUAAGUUUAGUCAAGGUCUGAGAGAUGAUCUUAAGCGCGAGCUUUUCCUUCGAGGUGUCACUACUCUUGAUCACGCUUACUCUUUAGCUCGAGAUUAUAAGUUGAUUAUUAGUACUCCAUAUGAAAAGCGUGGUCAUCGCCGUUCACCCAUCUCAUUAGCGUCGCCUCAUCAUAAGUCUAUCAUAAAACCUUCUCUGUCUAAUGUUCCUCCUAUUUGGAAAAAUAAUUGUAAAGGUCGUGAUAGUCCAAGAUCUUCUUCUUCAUGUAGAAAGUGUAAUGGCAAUCAUCUUUCGGUUUCACUGGCUCCACUUCCUCCUGUUAAGUCCCUUCUAGGACCUCCCCCAUCUAAUGUUCCUCCAAUUUUGGAAAAUAAGGGUAUAAUUUGUGAAACUUCAAAGACUUCUCACUUGCUAUACAUCAGCUGUAAGGAUUUUGGCCACAUCUCUUCCAAAUGUCCUAACCGAGCCUUAGUCAUAGAAGAACGAAAGAAUGCAAUAGAAGAGUCGUUAGAAGAUCUAGCAUAUGGCCCUAAACUUGAAGAUUUUGAUGAUUAUAGUGAGGACACUUCCUUAAGUGGAAUCCCGACCCUUCCCGAGACUUUAGAAACUAUACCCCUUGUUUCCGACAACUCUCGAUCACAUGUUAUAUGUCAUACCCUUACCAAACUCAAAGAGUUUGAUGAUUUCACUAGUCACCCUUGGAGAAUCCAAUCGCUUGUUCUUAGUACUAAAUCGAAAUUCUCCACUACUGACCAACCUCAAACUGAUGGUCAAAACGAAAUUGCUAACCGAAGUCUUGGUAAUUUAUUACAGUCUCUAGUCAAGAAAAAUCUUGAGAAUUGGGACUCGAUCCCCCCAACUGUUCACAUCGCAUAUAACAAUUCUAUGAAUCGGUCUCUAGGUCUAAAUCCAUUUGAAGUUGUUUAUAGUUAUAAGUCUAGGCGACCGUUAGAUCUUAUUCUCAUGUCCCCGCAUGCUAGUGUGUUGUUGUCAGCUGAAGCAUUUGUAUAUCAUCUUCAUAACUUGCAUAUUGAGAUCAAUAAACAACAUGACGCAAGUCAUGCAUUAUAUAAACUUCAAGCUGAUUCGCAUAAACAAUAUUUUGAAUUUAAUAUUGGGGAUUAUGUCAUAUUGUAAGCUUAUAGUGCUGGUCCUCUAAAAUUUUAAAGCAUGUUGGUUCAAAUGCACAUGUCAUUGCCCUUUCAUCACAUUUUAGCCACCACUCUGCUUUAAAUAUUGAGGACUUCAUUACUUACAAAUACCGUAUUACUUCCUUUGAUGAUCCAUUUCUACCUAACUUUGUGGACCCCCAAUUUGACUAUAUUAAUAUUUCUACUUUAAUACUAUCUAUCACAGCACACAAAAAUAAAAUUGAUGUUAUUUUAGAUGAACGUGUUGUAUUGACCAAUGAUGGCAAAAUUCAGUACUUCCUUGUUUGUUGGGUAAAUC